GACAACCUUGCAAUUGCUGCUGCCUUCCCCAGCAUUUCCCUCUUCCUGUCCAGCAGCCUAACUCUCUCUUGCCUUCUGCUGCUGCUGCUAUUCAAAAAUCUUGAAUUGCACAGCUCGCAUUCAAGCCGUGUCCUUUUGACCUAGUCCCUCCCUGAUUAUUCUCCGAUAGUUGCCUCCUUACUUCGACAGGGGCUCUCAAGAUGGCGUCCGGAAGCCACAUGCAUAAUCUCACAACCCUCAUCAAGCGGCUCGAAGCCGCGACUUCCCGCCUGGAAGACAUGGCGAUGUCGCUGGACGACCCAAACUCGCCCAAGACCAUCAGUGCUGUCGCUGCGCCUGAAGCGGCCACCCCCGAGACUCCCAAGCCGGCUCCUCCAACUACCCCCGCCGCUCCCCCGGUGCCGCCACAGAUCCAGGACUUUGACACACUGAUUAACGAAGAUGUGCGGACCUUCGUGGACUUGGGACAGAAGAUCAACGGAUUGGUCGGCGAACAGUCAAGAGCAGUCCAGCAAGCCUUCGAGGCCGAGCGCACCUACCUCUAUGUCUCGACCAAGGCCAAGAAGCCCGACCAGCAGCCCCCCGAGCUCAUGACGGAGCUUCACAAUGCUUCGGACAGCAUCAACAACAUUCGCGAGUCCAACCGGGCAUCGCACCUGUUCAACCACCUCAGCGCGGUGGCGGAGGGUAUCGUGGCUCUGGGCUGGUUCUUCGCCAGCAAGCCUGCCGAUUUCGUGACCGAGAUCGUUGGAGGCAUUGAAUACUAUGGCAACAAGGUGCUGAAGGACUACAAGGAGAAGGACCGCACUCACGUCCAAUACAUCCAAGCCUACUAUCAGAUUUUUAAAUCCCUCGCCGCCUACCUCAAGAAACACUACCCCAAGGGUCUGACCUGGAACGACCAGGACGGCAUCGAUGCUCAAGAAGCACUCCGCCAGGUCAAGAGCGGCGGCAGCUCGGCUUCGUCCCCCAGCGAAAGCAGAGCCGCCCCCCCUCCUCCCCCGCCUCCUCCAGUACCGACCAUCAACGUCUCCGGCGGUAACGGCGGCGCACCUCCCCCACCGCCUCCUCCCCCCGGCGUCCCUCCUCCGCCCAGCGCCUCACCUAGCUCCGACAUGUCCGCGGUCUUCGACCAACUGAACCGCGGCGACGCCGUGACGUCCGGCCUCCGCAAAGUCGACAAAUCGGAGAUGACGCACAAGAACCCAAGCCUGCGGACCGGCUCAGUGGUGCCGGAGCGGCCCAGCUCGCAAGGCAGCAGCGUGUCGUCGCCGACGUCGCGGGCACGCUCGCCAGCACCGCCAAGCACCAAGCCCAAGCCGGAGAGCAUGCGGGCGCGCAAGCCGGCGCGCAAGGACCUGGAGGGCAAUAAGUGGCUGGUGGAGCACUUCGACAACCCCGGCGGGAUUGUGGAGAUCAACGCGCAGCAGAACCAGUCGAUCCUGAUCUCGCGGUGCCACAAGACGAUCAUCAAGGUCAACAACAAGGCCAACGCGAUCUCGAUCGACAACUGCACGGGCCUGUCCAUCAUCGUCGACUCGCUCGUCAGCAGCCUCGACGUCAUCAAGUCCGCCAAGUUCGCCCUGCAGAUCGACGGCGUCGUCCCCACCUUGCUCCUCGACCAGGUCGACGGCGCCACCGUCUACCUCGGCCUCCAGAGCCUGGCCACAGAGGUCUUCUCCUCCAAGUCCACCGCCAUCAACGUCAUGCUGCCCCCCAAGGAGGGCUCCGACGACGACACAAAGGAGUGUCCCCUCCCCGAGCAGAUCAAGUCCUACGUCAAGGACGGAGUCUUGGUCAAUGAGAUCGUCGAGCAUGCCGGUUAGAUUCCCUCCUCCUCUCGCUGCUUGAGCAAUACCUCUCUCCCUGUGCAGGUUGGCUUGGACUUGGGGUAAAUCCUGCCGUGGUUUAUAUUCACUAUGUAGAUAGAUCUGUCUAUUUAAAUCCACUUUUGGUGUUCAAU